AUGAUCAAAAUGAAUCCCCUGGUCAUUGAUCUCCAACGAUGCGAGCCUCAUGAGCAUGCCCCAGAGGCCGAGCGUGGCCUUGUCUGGUACGAGAUCACCGAUAAGGCAUCUUAUCUGCCAUUUGAUCUACUGUCAGGACAGGUCAAAUAUAAAGCUUGUUUUAAGGAUCUUCCAAUGGGUCUACAGACUGUCAUCUACGCUCCCUUGGGGCUAAGGACACAGAAUAAGUGGACUCUAGAGGACCAGGAUGAAUUUCAAUUAAGAGAGGAUGUUAGUAUGGAAUGCAACAUGUUCAUGGCCCCGUUCGUAAAGGGAACAAUUAAGGCCUCACACGGUCCUUUGGUAGACCGGCUGAUCAUUGAAGCCAAGUCACCAGAAAGAGAUCUAGAGUCGACUGUGGGGGCCUAG